GGUGCUCUUGUUCAAGAAGUUGGAACAAGCACGUGAAAGUACCGUGUUUCAACCAAAGUUAUAUGUUGCUGUUGUUGCUCAUAUAUUUUUGCUCGCAUUGGAAACAAAAUGGCUAUCGUAGAGUUCGCUCCAAUUCGUAUACCUUUCUACAGAAGACUUGAAACACUUGCCGUCGCUAUUUAUUAUUAUUCAUUUUAUUUUGGAUCAUUUAUUGGCGCAGUUGCUAUCUUGCUGAUUCUUUUUAGCUCGUAUUAUCCACUUGCAUUGCUCUACCUCGGCUGGGCCUAUUUGUACGAUACAAAAACUCCUAGCCAUGGUGGCAGGCGUUCGAAGUUCAUGCGGUCUUUGCGCAUUUGGAAGUACUUCAGAGAUUACUUUCCAAUAAAGAUGAUCAAAACAGUUGACCUUGAUCCACAAAAGAAUUACAUUUUUGGCUAUCAUCCACACGGAAUUCUCUGUGCCGGGGCAUUUUGCUGUUUCGCCACUGAGGCUACUGAUUUUAGUCAGGUCUUCCCAGGAAUCACUCCACAUCUUCUUCCUUUGUUGGCUCUGUUCAAGCCACCACUUUUUCGUGACUACAUAAUGUCCUCAGGAAUGUGUGAUGUGACAAGAGAAAGCUGUGAAUACAUCUUAACCAAGAAAGGCAAAGGUAACUCAAUAUGCAUUGUAGUUGGUGGAGCAGUGGAAGCCCUUGAUGCGCAUCCAAGCAAAGACUAUGUACUUAUUGUCCGGAAAAGAAAAGGAUUUAUAAGGCUUGCUUUAAAAACAGGGUCAAAUCUUGUUCCUGUCUUUGCGUUUGGAGAGAACAAUCUGUUCAACCAACUCAGCAACCCAGAAGGAUCAAGGCUAAGAGAUAUACAGACCAAAAUUCAGAGCUGGAUUGCAUUUGCUCCUGUCCUGUUUUACGGUCGUGGAAUUUUCCAAUACACAUUUGGUUUUAUCCCCCACAGAAGACCUGUCAAUGUUGUCAUUGGCAAGCCAAUCGAAGUUGAGAAAACCGAAAACCCGACAGACACAGACAUCCGGCAUUUGCAGGAGAGAUAUGUUGAUGCGCUCAAACAACUUUUUGAAGAAAACAAGGAGAAAUACGAGGCUAAUCAGUCGGUCAAUCUGGUGAUUCACUGAAUUACGUCACUUAGAACUCAACGAACUUUGCUACAACCAAGAUUUCAACAAGAUAAUUUAUUUUGUUUGCAAUCAUCUCGGCGAUCAGAAUUAUGUCAUGAGAUACAUUAACGUGGCAAGUAAUUUUUGUUUUUUUAAAUCAGUUCGGGGCACUAUAUUUUGUGCAGCGGGUAACACGUAACAUUUUUUUGAUACCUUUUAUGCAAAAUUUGGCCAAUCAUUUAUAAGCAAGUUUCGAUUUCCUUUAAUGUUAAAACGUAGUUUUACAAUGUAUAUAUACAGAUUAAUGCUAAUGAGAUAAAAACCGCUGCUUUUCAUUUCAAACACCAGCAGCUUUCGAUCUGGUUCCAACUGUUUUGACACUCAAAUGAUUUUCUAUUAAUUAUUUUGUACAGUUAGGCUGCAUUUACCAGCAAAGCAUAGGCCACACUUUACCCAACGUUUUUGUUCUGUUCUCGCCGUGAGCGUUGCCAUUUUCAUGCAGUAGGCGGAUUUGUAGGGCGAUACCGCAAGGUCCCUAUUUGUUUUCACAUAUCGCCCGGCUUAUUUUAGACGAGCCAAAAUGCCUUUCUUUUGCCCUCAAAUGGAAUAAUGAUAUAUCCGACAACGGUGGACCAUCCGUAGAUUUCUCCACUAUUUGCAGUUCUCGCUUUUUCAAAGGUCUCCAAAAGAUAAUCUUUAUUCAUCCCUUUUCCAGAUCCCGGGUCUUUUUAAUGUAGGAUAUUGUUUCUUCACUUAAUUUCCCAGUUUGACAUUAUGAAUGGUCAUCAGAUUAUGAGAAAUGUUUUCCGAUUCAGAAAGACGAUAAAUUUUUGCCUGAGAAAAAAGGGAAAAAUACUUCUGCUUAAAAAUCUAAACAAGUCUUAAAAUUUAUCGAAAGGAAGUGCGUCAUCUAAGUUGGCAAUAGACACAAGCCACUCUAUUGUGCCAGAGUUUUGGCAUUUGCAUAAACAAGAUAGGCCCUCGCCAGUUGCCUUGAUAAAUAAAUUUGUUGAAUCCUUCCCUUGUUCGAGUAUAUGCGCCAUACUGCCGUGGAAUUAUGUUGGUGCAAUGUCCGCCAAAAGUCUUGGAAGAUUUUUUCCACAGGUACCUCUGUUUACAUUGCUGCAUUUCAUCCACACAGAUAUUUUAAAUUAAUAUCUUUAAUUAGAUUAUAAUUGAGUAAAAUCAAAGUAGCUACAAUUUUAUUAGAUACUCAAGCCAUUACAUGCAUGUUGUUCAUUUGUAUUGAAUUUGAUUUGUGAAGUAGAAUGUUAAAUUAUAAACUAUUCGCUUCAGGAGUAUUCCUAGUUACACGAUUUAUGCUGUCUAGAAUCUUAAAUUGCUUCAGAAGAGACAAAUCCAUUUAAGAUUUA